GCCCAGACAGAUUCUCACCCCCGACUCGGAGUCUCCCAGGAGCAGUGAGGAGAAAGGCAUGGCCACCAUGGAGCCCAAAGUGAUCUGUGUCCUGCUCAUGGUCUUCUCGCUGGCCUUCAGCAGCCUGGCCCAGGUCCAGACCGAGACCUGCGUCAUGUCCCCGAGCCAGAGAAAGAACUGUGGGUACCCAGGCGUCACGGCCAGCGAGUGCACAGCGAAGGGCUGCUGCUUUGACAGCACCGUCCGCGGGUACCCGUGGUGCUUCUUCCCGCUGAACGAAGUCCCAGAAGAGGAUUGUGGAUUUUAGCCGCUCUCGGUGGGAGUCACGUCUACACUUAGAAUGGACCCCCUUCCCCCCAGCUGCCGCUCAGCCUCGCCACCCCCCCCCACAUCUUCAGCUUCUGUGUCUGAGCCUCAUCUCACCGCAUGGAUUGACAGCUUUGAUUUUUCCUGCUCAACAUUGACCUGAAAAUUAAAAGAGACGAAUGCUACUUUGUGCUUUUAGUUCUUCUAAAAAAAUAAAAAUGAUUUUCUUUUCUUUCAA